UGCUCUGGCUUGGUUGCCAGGAGACGUUUAAAGACGUUUAAGGCGCAGCUGCAAUGGAGAAGUACGAGAAAAUCAAAGUUGUUGGGAGAGGAGCUUUCGGGAUUGUUCACCUGUGCCGCAGGCGCAGCGACGGGGCCUUUGUCAUCCUGAAAGAGAUCCCAGUAGAGCAGAUGUCACGAGAUGAACGCCUGGCAGCCCAGAAUGAGUGUCAAGUGCUCAAGCUGCUCCACCAUCCAAACAUCAUAGAGUACUAUGAAAACUUCCUGGAGGACAAGGCCCUCAUGAUAGCUAUGGAGUAUGCACCAGGAGGAACCUUGGCUGAAUACAUACAGAAGCGCUGUAAUUCCCUCCUGGAUGAGGACACCAUCCUUCACUUCUUUGUGCAGAUCUUGCUCGCUCUGUACCACGUGCAUAACAAACUCAUUCUGCACCGUGAUCUCAAAACUCAGAAUAUUCUGCUGGACAAACACCAGAUGAUCGUCAAAAUCGGAGACUUUGGUAUCUCCAAAAUCCUUGUCAGCAAGAGCAAAGCAUACACGGUAGUCGGGACCCCCUGCUACAUCUCCCCCGAGCUGUGUGAGGGAAAACCGUACAACCAAAAAAGUGACAUCUGGGCCCUGGGCUGUGUCCUGUAUGAGCUGGCGAGCCUUAAGAGGGCCUUUGAGGCAGCGAAUCUACCUGCCCUUGUUUUGAAGAUCAUGAGUGGAACGUUUGCCCCGAUAUCGGACCGUUACAGCCCAGAACUCCGCCAGCUCAUCCUCAAUAUGCUCAACCUUGAUCCAUCUAAAAGGCCCCAGCUCAAUGAAAUAAUGGCUUUGCCCAUAUGCAUCAGGCCCCUCCUUAAUCUCUACACAGAUAUCGGGAAUGUAAAAAUGCGAAGAAUUGAGAAACCUCUGUCUACUGUGCAGCAGCGCGGCAGACCAGGAGGGAGAGUUCCUACUACCAGGGCCAGAGAUGCAUUAGGGGGUUUGGGAUCAGGAAAACUGCAUCCGCUCCCACUGUCCUCUGUGUAUACUUGGGGAAGUGGGAUCACAGCGCCUCUCCGUCUACCCAUGCUUAACACUGAAGUGCUUCAAGUGUCUCUCGGCCGGACUCAAAAGAUGGGAGUCACCAAGUCUGGCCGUCUGAUUACCUGGGAGGCUCCAUCGGUUGUGUCGGGUGAUACCGGUCCUGCAGGUUUGGCGGAUCAAAUGCAGCCGCUGUUCAUUUCUCGCUUCCUUGAGGGUCAGUCAGGUGUCACCAUCAAGUCUGUGUCCUGCGGUGAUUUGUUUACCACCUGCAUGACAGACAGGGGUAUUAUAAUGACAUUUGGAAGUGGAAGCAAUGGUUGUUUGGGACAUGGUAACUUCAAUGAUGUAACACAGCCUAAGAUUGUGGAGGCUCUUCUGGGCUAUGAGUUGGUCCAGGUUUCUUGUGGAGCCUCUCAUGUUCUCGCUGUAACCAAUGAAAGAGAAGUGUUUGCUUGGGGAAGAGGAGACAACGGUCGCCUUGGCCUGGGCACCCAGGACACCCACAACUGUCCCCAGCAGGUGUGCUUACCUGCAGAGUUUGAGGCCCAGAAGGUGGUGUGCGGCGUUGACUGCUCCAUGAUCAUCAGCACCCAGUGCUGCAUUCUAGCAUGUGGUAGCAACAGGUUCAACAAGCUUGGUCUGGAUAAGAUUACAGCUGGAGAGGAAUCUAAUCCUUCGAAUCAAGUUGAAGAAGUUCAUUCUUUCACCCCGGUUCAGUCCGCCCCACUCAACUCAGACAGGAUAGUUUACGUCGACAUUGGAACGGCCCACUCUGUUGCUGUCACAGAAGAGGGUCAGUGCUACACGUUUGGCAGCAACCAGCACGGUCAGAUGGGCUGCAGCUCCCGGCGCAGCAGCCGUGUGCCCUACCUGGUGCCCGGCCUGAAGGACAUCGCCUCUGCUGCUUGUGGUGACGCUUUCACCCUGGCAAUCGGAGCAGAAGGGGAGGUUUACACAUGGGGAAAGGGAGCCCGUGGACGCCUUGGAAGAAAGGAGGAGGAUUGUGGGAUACCAAAGCCGGUGCAGCUCGACGAGAGUCACCCAUUCGUUGUGACAUCGGUGGCUUGUUGUCAUGGCAACACUCUGUUGGCAGUGAAACCAUUUUUUGAAGAUCCAGUUUCAAGAUGACUUUGAGCUGAAAACCUUCGCCUUGACUAGUCCUUUAUAAGGAUCAUAUAUGGAGCAGACCCUCCUCUCACUCUGCAGCUACAGUUUCACUUCAUCUCUCUGCUUUUGUCUUAUGCACAUAUGUUUGUUCCAAUUGGUGGGUGGAUGACACACACAGAGGGGUCAGAAUCUGUCCAAACCAGCAGGUGUUUCUCACUACAGACAUGCCAAAGGAAUGUUGCAACACUGAUACUGAAGCUGGAUUACAGGAGCUCAUUAGGCAGGCCUCAUGUGGUGAGUGAUUGUCUCUCCUCACAGUCAGCUUUCUAUCAGUAAACUAUGAAAAGCCAGUGAAAGUCAAACAGGUUUUGUCCUUCUUAAGACGCUAGUGAAUGAGCCAAAAAGAAUGAAGCCACUCUGUCAAGUGACGAGAGCGUCGCACCACGAGGGGUCAGUUUGAAUGUUAUUGGAUCAGUGCUGCAAACGCAAACAGUAACGUUUGAACCAGAUAACGAGCGGGGUGUUAGGGGGACAUGCUGGACUGAGACUGCAGCCUCCCUCUUGUUUAGACACAUCCACAGCUUCUCUAGAGCAGGGAAUAGCAGCCUGUAGAGAAAACAAGCAGCUAUUCACACUGUUGCGAGCAGUAAAUAACUUGCUAUUAACAGCGUUGCUUUCAUUCCAUCUGAGGAAUUUUUACAGGCUGAACAGCUGACGGUUUCCACAUUGUAAAAACAACAGCAGAUAAAAGUCCUUCAUAAGAUAUAAAGAGGUGUGGGACACAGUUUAGCAUGUUUCAGGCUUUAGUAUGUAGCUCAUAUAUUUUUAAUAAUUUAUAGAUGCUAUAUGUGUGAGAUGUUCUUAGAAAAAGCAGAUCUUAAGCAUAAACAUCUGAUCUCUGUGGAUCCAAAAUGUUUGACUUUUAAAGGACAGAAAGUCUCCCCCCCCCAGGACAGAAUGAGCAUUUAAAGAAACUCUUCCUGUCCUCAUCUGAUAAGAGCUAAUUAUGGACAAACAGGGUAGAAAGAAAGCAAUGUGAAGGAAUGGGUUGCUUUGUUUUUUGGUGUGGCUUUAAGUAGGUUUAAUAAAGCCUUAAGAUCUGCUUGAUUUAAAUGAAAACAUGAAACCAUAGUAUGAAAAUCUUUUAUACAGAAUCCAGAGAGUUUUAUUUGACUUUUAUUGUGGGCAGUCUAAGACACACCUGUGCACUAAUCAUGGUGUGUAAUCAGCAUCUUGAUUUAGCACACCUGUGAGGUGGGAUGGAUUAUCUCACUAAAGGAGAAGUGCUCAUUAUCACAGAGUUAGACUGGUUUGUGAACAAUAUUAGAGGGAAAUGGUGAUUUUUUUCAUAUGUGGAAAAAGUUUAAGGUCUCUUGAGUUCAUCUCAUAAAAAAUGGGACCAAAACCAAAAGUGUUGCAUUUAUAUUUUUGUUGUGUGUAUAGUCAUUUGUAUCCUAAUAAAGAGUUGUUAAGCAAAAUAUGGGGUCCGAAAUGUUAUAUGUCCUGAUAAAGUGAUGUGUUGAUCUUUAAAUAAAGACCCCCUGACAUAAUUUCUCAAAAGGUUUUUUUAAAGGGUCUAUUUUCACAUUUUGUCACAUUAUCCCACAGUCCCAAUUGUUAACUUUAGCAAUACAAGGAAGGGUAUACCUGUGACUUGGAACAAAAAUGUCACAUUUUUAAAAAGUUCAGAGAUAACAAAUGUGAAAAGUUCAUCCGUUCAUUCUGCAUAUUGAUUAGCUAAUACAUACUAACUGAACCACCUUGUGCUUUAAGUCCUCUAGGCUUUGUCUCAACUAGCUUUCUAUGUCUAAAAAGUAGUUUUUAUUUUGAUUUUGAUUCAUUUACUUCAUAACCAGGUUUGCCCAAAGUCAUUCAUCGAGGGUCGCUGUCCUGCAUGUUUAAGAUGUUUCCUUGCUACGCCAAAGCUGAUUUCCAUUGAUUAACAGGCUUUGGCUGAACUAAAGUCAUCAGAAUCAGCUGUGCUAAAGCAGGGAAACCUCUAACAGCAGCCCUAGUGGGCCGACUUUGGGCAUGCCUGUCUUAAAUUAUUACUCUAUAUUAAGCUUCUUCCAUUUAUUAUGUCAACUUUUGAAAAAAUAAAUAGCAGAUGCCCUGUGUUUCCACCGCUUAGAUCAGAAUGUGUUGAUUAUUAUUUGUCAAAGCUCUCUCCAACAAAAUGCCACAUACAUUGAGACUUAAGGUCAAUUUAAUUUUAUGGUCCUGGAGUGUGAACCUUACUAGAACCAACAGUGUAAAAACAUACAAACUUCCUUCAGGGAAACCCUUAAAGCCAUGAUGUGAAAUUAUUACAAGUGAUGCAAAUGAAAAAAAUGUGUGCUGCACAUAUAAGAUUUUUAUUUUAUAAUAAAAUUUAAAAUGCAAAUGUCCUCUUUUCUCCAUCCUAGUCAUAUAUAUUUUUUCCUUUUUAUAAAAUCCCAAAUUAUAUGAAUUAAAGUUUGUGAUUGUGACAAAGCUAAAAAAUGGUUAAAGGGCUGUGACCACUUUUCCCACUGUUUAUUUUAUCAUGUAUUUCUACUGAUGUACCAAAUAAUUAUAAUGCUUGAAAAAACAACAAAGCAGCAUUAUGUCAGCUUUUGUCUCAUCGUAUAAAUAUAAGAAUUUGUUCUCUAAAACA